AUGCCGAAACAUUACUGUGACUAUUGUGAUGUGUUUCUGACCCACGACUCUGCAUCAGUUCGGAAAGCCCACAAUAGCGGAAGGAACCAUCUGUCAAAUGUUAAGGACUAUUAUGCUUCACUUGGACAUGAUAAGGCGCAAAAUAUCAUUGACCAAAUUACUUCAGCUUAUGAAUCUAGUGGUGGGCCACCUCCGGGUGGAUUUGGCUUCGGGCCGCAACAUUUAGGCGCACCUCCUCCACCUCAAUUCCCCAUGCAAUUCGGUGGUCCCCCUGGCAUGUUUGGCGGACCUCGUCCUCCUUUUCCACCUGGCGGUCCAGGGUUCCCGAUGCCUCCAGGUGGUGCGCCGCCAUUUCCUCCCAAUGGUGGCAUGCCUCCACCUGGCAUGGGUGUGCCGGGAAUGCCACCUCCAGGUUUUGGAGCUCCUCCUCCAUUUCCUCCAAACGGCCCUCCCGGUGGUGCAAUGCCGCCUUUCCCUCCUGCUGGCGCUCUAUCCGGUGCUCCUCCUUUUAAUGGACCUCCUCCAACCCAAGGAUCACUACCGCCUGGUCCGCCCACGCUAGGUAGCGGGCCAUCUAUACAUCCCGACCGUUUGAGAAUGAUGGGCAACUAG